AUGAUUUUGUAGAUAAUACUUUUAAUAGCUUUUGUUCAUCAAUUCAGAUCUGCAACUUGGAAUUCUUAUGAAGGAUAGGGUAUGCAGAGUAUUUUUAGAGGUGUAGGAUCUAGUAGCAUAAAGCUGACAAUACCAUCUUCAUAAUUUUAUGACGCAGCUGUAGUUGGCUAUUUUAAGUAUAACACAUUUGAUCCUAGUUUAUAUUACUCUAUGAUGAGAUACUAAUCAUCAGAAUUUACUUUUUUACAUGUCUAUGGAAGAGGAUCUGCGCCCUACUUUUUAGCACAAAAUGACAUGGAUUAGUAUAUGUAUGAUUUUUAGCAAGGAGCUACUAUGAAUGUAGGUUAAUGGGUAUAACUAGGAUUUGGGUAUAAACAUGCAAUCAAAAGUUACUACCCAUUCUAUUAAGGUUAUCCUCAAGGUGGUUUAGUUAUAGCUUAAUAUGUUUUACCUGACCCAUUAAGGUCUGAUAUAACUUAAAUUGAAUUAUGUAUAUUCUGUACUCCUUUAGAAUAUCAGUAUAAUGCAUUUAACGGUUAAUAUGCCUCAAUCAAAAUGAUUUUUGGAUUUACUACAGAUGGUACUAAAAUGUUAAUAAAUGAAAAUAAAAUGAGUGAUUCUUUGCUCAGAGAAGCAUUUUAUAUAACAAUUAAUGUUAUAAACUAUACCAAAACUUAAUAUUAACCUUUAACUACUGAUUUAGCUGUUAAUUGUGUAACUACAACAAGAACUUAUUUUGAUGGAAUUUGCAUAGAUCCUUCUCAAUGUGCUAAUGUUGUUGUUUAUUAGUCAACCUAAUAUGGAGUUUCUAAUUCAGUUUAUUAUAAUCAAUCCACAAAACAAUGUACUGUUUGCUAAGAUUAUUGCGCAUAAUGUGAUUAAAAUGGUAACUGUUAACAAUGCAAUACUGGAUAUGUUUUAAAUGCUUCAAAGUGUUUGUAGUGUUCAUCCAAUACUUACUACAAUCCAUUGAACUCUCUUUGCGUAGCAACUUGUCCUAAUGGAUAUAAUCCAGAUUAAAUUAAUUUAAUCUGUGUUUAAAAUUUUAAUCCUUUUUACCUUCUUCUUAAUCCCUUAUUAUCUCCUAUGAAUUUUAUAUAAAACAAUGGAUUCACUUUAAUUAGUUCUAGCUAAUAAGCUAUUACUGACUAAUUCACUUCUUGUUGGCUAGAAAAUCAAAGCUUUGGACCAUACACUAUUUUAGGAGGAUAAAAUAAUCUGAAGACAAAUUACUUUAGUAAGUAAAUUCUAGGCUUACCUAAAAACUUUUAGAAAAUAAUUUCUUUUUAAGGACUCAUUUAUAAUAAUGGGUAGCAAGGAGACUUCAAUUUAUUUGUGAAUAACAAUUAAAUAACACUUUCUUCAUUUUAAAAAAUAUUCACAAAUUAUUAACUCUGUACUGAUAAUUAGCCAGUAAAUUAUUACUUACUUACCUAUAUAAUUAACGAUUCAAGCACAGAUCUAAAUAUAAAAAUAACUUCUAACAUGGAUGGAUGGGGUAUAAGAAAUUUCGCAAUGAACAUUACUAAGUGCCAUUCUACUUGCUUAGAUUGCACCACUGAUGGAAAUCCUUGGUCAUGCACAAAUUGUUAAAAAUAAGCUUCUUCUAUUCUUGUUAAUAAUAAUUGUGCUUGCCAAAAAGGGUAAUAUGCAUAAUUCUAAAAUUGUUAUUCUUCUCCUUGUUAUGCAUGUGCAAAUUGCCCUCCUAAUUGUUAAUCGUGUGAAGAUCAAACAGGUAAGUGUACUUCUUGCGCAAGUGGAUUUUCAAUUUAAAAUGGCAUAUGUAUUUCUAGUAGCUCAUGCUCUUCUUAUUAUACUAAUGACCCUGGUUCAAGCUACUGCUUGAGGUCUAAAGACUUAUUUAUUUAGUUCUUCUGGUAGAAUAGGAUUUGGGCAGAUGUAUAUUAUUUCUGGUAAUACUCAUCUAGACCAGAAUAAUAGCACUAGUGCAUAAACCAAGUAUUUGCUCCCUACCUAAAUGGUUAACAAAGUGCAACGUUAAAUUUACAACUUAUAAAUUAUUAAUAAUACCAUUAUUAAGUUGAAAUUUAAUUGGUAGCCACAAAUUAUGAUAAUUUUAGUUUAACAGAUUAUGUGAGUUAUUUCAUUAACAGUAAUUUAGUGAAAAAGGCAAAUUAUCAUUCAACUUCAACAACUAAUCUUUGCAAUGAUCCUACUUAUGGUGAAACAUUAGUUAAUGAAGUUCUAGUAAUGCCAACUUAAUCAAAAACAUUUAAAUUUUAAAUAUUAGCAUAUUUAGUUAGCUCCAAUGCAUUCAUUUUCAAUAAUGUUUCUCUUCUCUACAAUCGAUGCCAUGCUAGCUGUUCUGCUUGUUCAAAUGGACUUUCUUGUACAUCAUGCAUAACAAACUCUUCUCUUAAUGCUAGCAAAGGAAAUUUUUGUUAUUGUAAUGAUGGGUAUUAUUUCACAUAUGACUGGACCACAAGCUCUGGUUUAUGUUUGCCGUGUAAUAACUUUUGCUAAACUUGUAGUGGACCUAGUAUUACUGAUUGUUUAACAUGUAAAGAGAGCUAUAAGCUAUCAAACAAUAUUUGUGUAAAUGUGUGCUAAACUAAUCAAUUCUGGGAUUUUUCUUAGCAUAAAUGCGUUAAUUGCUCAGAAUGUUGUUCAAGCUGUACAGGACCUUCUAGCAAUUAAUGUUCUUCUUGCUAAGCUGGUUUGUUGACUUAUAAUUCUCCUGUUUGUACAUUUAAUAGUGAUGGAUCUACUUGCAAUUCCUGCACAUCUAAUGUAUCAAAUUCUUUAUGUGGAGGAUCAUAAACAAACAAUUAAUUCUGUUUACAGAAUGGUUAUGUCAGCUAUAAUGCUAACACUUGUGUAUACUGCCCAACAGCUGAUGCAUAGGGAAAUUGUGGUGGCAGCUCUACAUAUAAUUCUUAGUGCAAUUACUAUGGAUUUUAUUACUCUUCAACAGCUGGAAAAUGUUUAUCUUGUUCUUAAGCUUAGGGACUUUAAUGUGGAGACUCUUCAAUAAGCAGCAUAUGCUAGUAAAAUAAAUGGAUUUAUCAGUCUCUUUCGACUUGUAUCAGCUGUGUUUUACAAUCCAGUCCUCUUUGCUGCAAUCCUAUAUGCAUGACAUGUAACGGUUCUGGUGCAAAUAAUUGCUUAAGUUGCUUUGGCUCUUAAAUACUUUUUGGUAGCACUUGUCUAGAUAAAUGCCCUAAUGGAUAUAGUCUCAAUUAAUCUAACAAUACAUGCUAAUUAUGUCCGAUAUUUGUAGGAGUUCCAUAGUGUAAUAAUUGUUCUUCAGAUUGUAAUACAUGUGCUGCAGCAACUUCAACUUAAUGCUAAACUUGCUAUAGUUCUAGAUAGCUCAAUUAAACAACUAAAAAAUGUGACUGCAAAGACUCAGAAGAUACUAGAAAUUUCUUUUAUGAGUGUAGUUUAAAUAACUAAGCUGUGUUAGAUAUAUAAUUAUUAAAUUCAGGUCCAAUUAUGACAAUAGACUUUGGUAAAAUUUUAAUGGAUUUACAAUAAUUCCCAUCAUAAACGAACUCAAAUGGUGUUUGCCAAACAAUUUUUAACUCAGUAGAAAUGCUAAAAAUAGGAUAAAAUGCCUUAUGCUAAAUAAAAUUUAACAUUAUUACUAUAACUUUAGAUAUGAGUGCAACUAUUAUGCAAGGAGAUAUAUUAAAUUUCUUACCAAAUGUCUUAUAAUUUAAAAUAAAUAGUAGUUCUGCUAUCAAUAUUUUCUUAAACAAUGUUGUAUAUUAACAAGCACCUUUGAAUGCAGGAAUUGUGUUUAAUUACAAUAAAAUUGAAAAUUCUUGUAAUGAUUUUAAAAUUACUUAAUUUAAAAUUUUAAAUGAUUCAGGCAGAGGUUUAAAAAGUAUAACGUGGUCUCUUUAAAAUCCAACAUCUAACCCAGAUGAUGUAAAGAUUUAAAAUAUACUCACUUAAGCAUCCUAAUCAAUCUAAAGCAGCAUAGUUAUUCCUAGAGGUAUAAUACUUUUGAAUAGUUAAAAAACUAUAAGUGUGUCUUUCUUAUUCAAAAAUUCAUACUCUGGAUCUCAAUAGUUUAUAUUUUAAGUAUAAUCUUAUAAAAAUAUUGUUUCUGAUUUAUCCUCAAAUAUGAACACUCCCUAUUAUAGGUUUUAAGAUUUUACUUUGUAAUUGAGCUAUUAAAUAUAAUAUUGUAAUCAGCAAGGAGUGCAAAUAAGUUCUAACGAUCCAGUUAAUAUAAAAAUUACAAGCCCAUAAACAUCUUAAAUUAACAUUUCAUAAUAAGGUUAAGUUUCUGGUUAGCUAUCUUAGUAAAUAUAAGCUUACACAUUUACAUCUAAUUAAAAUAAUUAAAUAAAUGCUGUAUUAACUUUGUCUACUGACUCUGCUGUAACAAAUACAUAACAAAUCCAAUUUUUUACAUAGCCUGCUGAUUUAAUUGUAAAAAUAAAUGGAGGUAACCAAAAAAUAGACUAUAAAAGUUUAUUGAAGUUAACUGGUACUAUUAGAGAUUUAGAUGUUUAAGACCCUAAUGCUGAUUAAGGAAUAACAUAAGUUUGGAGCUGCUCAGAUCCCUCCAAUGUUAAUUCUCCUUGUGUUGACCAAAAAAAUAAUCCGUUUGUCAUAAAUUAAAAUAACCCUUAAAUACCUUCAGAUACAUUUAGCCCUUAUACUGUAAUCAAGAUAUAUUUGUAAGGUAAAAAAGAUAGUAGGUAAUCAUCAGAUUCAAUUAUAGUUUUAUUUAUUGAAUUUGAUUUACCUGCACUAAACGUUACAUUAAGCUUACUUGAUCCAUUUGGUAAGUCAGUUAAUCUAAAUGAAGAAAUAUUUGCUGUUCUUAACUAUAAUACGACUGUUAAUCCUGACAUAUUAUCAUUUUCAAGUACAAUUGUUUAUGGAGAUGGAGUAGUUGGAGCUAUUAAAUUUGAUUAUACUUAAUUAAGGUACAGACUAUGGGAUUAUUAUUCAGGAUUUACAAGCUCUAAUCCUACUGUUGCUAUCAGAUUUUCAGUUUUCAACCCUUACUUUUUUAUGCCAAGUAUUUCAAUCAUCAACUUAAAAAUAAAUUUCCCUCCAACUUAAUGCUUAUUUGCUGUUUCUCCUUUACCAAAUUAAUCAAAUCCUGCUUACAGUUUAUCAACACUAUUCACUCUUUCUGUAUCUGGAUGUGUAGAUACUAAUCUUCCUCUUACUUACUAGUUCUUUAUGUAUAGAUCAUAGCAAGACUUAUAAAAUGAAAUAAAUUAUCCACAAUAAAUCAAUAGAAGAUAAUUAAAUGAUCAAUCACCAGAUUCUUAGAUCUCAACAAUUCUUCCUGCAGGAAAUAUAUUAUUAAUGGCAGUAGUUGCUGAUUCUUUACAAGCAGUCUAUAAUUCAACAAUUAGUUUAACUGUGUAGAGCUCAAACUUAAACGAAAGCUAAUAUAUAAGUCUAAUAGAUAAAGAUUUAAACACAAGUGGAUAAACUAGCUAGCAAAUAGUUUCUUAACUUUCUCUAAUAGCAGAAGAUCUCAGCUAAAGAGCAGAUUUCUAGACAAGUGUUUAGAUAAAUUAAAGAAAAAUUUUAAUCAUAAAUGCUCUUAACUAAGCAACUGCAUCACUUCCAACUUUAUCUACAUUUUCUACACUUUCAAACAAAGCAGUAUCAAGCUUAUUUUCUUCAAUAAAACUCACUUAGCAAGAGUAAGCUAAUUAAUUAAGUAAUAUACAGUCUUUUGUAUCACAAGAUUGGACUUAGACACCCUACUAAAGUCUUACAGAUGCUUAAAAGCAAAUAAAAACUUAAUAAAUUUACGACUACUUUAAAAUUAUAGAUAAUAUGGCUACAAGUUCUCCAAGCUAAGAUACUAGUAUUACAAGUUUACAAUUAGACAUAUCUACUAAAUUAGGACAGAAAAUGAACUAUAACUCAUUACCAAAUGAAGAUGCUAAAGUAUUCACUGGAAGUUAAAUAUCAAUAUAAAGUUAGUAAGUAACAGAAAAGAAUUUGUGCUACUAUCUUUUUUGUAGCAAUUAUAUGCCAUCUAAUACGCAAAAAUAGUAAAUCAUUUACAACAUAGCCUAUAAGACAUAUAAUUAAAAUCCUUACACUAAUGACCCAAGCUAUUAAAAUUUUACAAAUUUAUUAUAGCAAAAUAUUGGUAAUCAAACAAUAGCCUAAUAUCCAGUUAUAAAUCCAGAAAUAAAUCCAUCCUCCUCUCCUUCACAAAAUUCUCCUCUUAAUAUGUUUAGUAACUCAUUUACUUUUGCAGCAGGUGUAGUCAAAGAAGGUCUAUCUUGCUUGACGAAAUCUAAUGGAAUUUGGAGCUAAAAUGGAUGUAAGUUAGUGUAUAAUAGUAAAUCUAACCAAUAAACUUGCCUUUGUGAUAAAACAGGUCCUACAACUAUAGUUAAUGAUUUAUAGGAAUUGAUAAAUAAUAAAAAUUUAAAGACAGCUUUUGGUGAGUAAGGAUUAAAAAAUAUUUCUUAGUUUAGUAAUUUUUACAUGUAUGUAGCAUUUUGGUUGCUAUUGCUAAAAACAGCUGCAUUUAUUUACCUUUACAUUAAAGGAAAAUAGCUUGAUUUAGAUUUUGUUAGUUCUUAAUUGAAUGGUAGAAUCACUAACUAAGUCAAUAAUAAAUAGAUUUUACCUAUACAGGUCAGUGAAAUUAAAGAUACCAAUUAAAAUAAUAUAAAUACAGUUUAAUAGUAAACCCUUCUUGAAGACUCUCCUCUAUAGAAAGAAAACAACGAUAAAUAAUUAAGUGCUAGAAACAUCGGAUAGUCUUCAUUUUAAAAUUUAAACACCUAAAUUUAAAUACCUUAAAAACCGUUAAAGAAUAAUUUUAUUUAAGAUGAAAUAAACGAAGAAGAUGAUCAAGAAAAAAAAAGUAAAUAAUCGAGAAAACAGUUUUCUUUGAAAGAUAAAUAAAUAUAAAUUAAUAAUGAAAAAUAGUAACAAAAAUCUGUGUUUAUAAAUGAAGAAGAUAAUGAUUUUAAAAAUAUUUAAAGUGAAAAAAUGGAGAAAUAGCCCUCCAUUGAUGAUUUUAAUUUACUUUAAACAAAAUAAAGUGGUGAAAAUUUUGUAAAAAAUCAAAAGAGUAACAGUUCAAAUCAAGCAGAUAGUAAUCAAUAAAAUUAAGCAGAAAUAGUUAUUCCUGAAAAUUAAAUAGAAACAUUGACUCCAGAAAACCAAACUUAAAUUAAUAUUCCAGAAAGAGAUCCAAAGCAGGGAGGAAAUCCAAGCAAAGAUAAAAAGAAAAUAGACCUAUCUAAUGAAUAAUAUAGUGCCAAAACAAAAAAGUUUAUAGAAUUAAGUUAUUAUAAAUAACUUUUUUUCUUUCAUAAUUUCUUAAGCAUAUUCUUUAUUUAUGAUGAAAAAAUGCCAAGAAAGUUAAGAUUUUCUUGCUUCUAUGUAAGAAUCAUCCAUUCAUUUGCUAUUUCUGUCAUUUUUAAUUAAUCCUAUGAUGUAGUUUAAUUAAUAGCUUUAUCAAUAGCAAAUGCUUUAUUAAUUAGUAUCUGUUUAGCCCUCUUAGAAAUUGUUGCUAAAUACUUAGGAAAAUAUGCUUUAGCAGUAACUCUUUUAUGCCUACUUGGACUAUAUUAUUAUGUGAUACUUUCAAUAGUAAGUGGAGAGAGUGUAGACUCAUCAAAUUUAUCUAUUGGAUCUUACUUUAUUUUUACUUGUUUUGAUUUAAUAGUUAUUUCCUUUUUAUUAGCAUAUAUUCAAAGAUACUUAGCUCUUAAAAUGAUUAAAAAGGAAAAAUUAGAAAAUUUUACAAUAAAAUUAUUUGAAUUGUUACAUUUGCAGAUUAUACUUACUAGUAUAAUAUGA